CACACUGAGGGUCGGUCUUUUUAUUGUACACUACAGGCACACUGCUCUGCUGCUCACCGACCGACAGACAUUCACCAUGGCUCUUGCACUGAAUUGCACACCCUUUUUGAUGUCUAUUAUUUGUAUUUCGUUGCUUUUUGCUACCGUAUUUUGCGACGCGGACGAAGAAGAAGAAGAUGAACAUGCCAAGCACUCUUACACGGUGGAGAUGUUCAACGCCGCGGUGCCCACCGCACCUCACUUUGUCAUGUUUUUCGCCCCAUGGUGUGGCCAUUGCCAGAGAUUACAGCCAGCAUGGAAUGAACUGGCAGACAAAUACAACAACAUGGAUGAUCCUCCGGCGUAUGUGGUGAAAGUUGACUGCGUCCAGGACACCAAGUUCUGCUCCAAUGUUCACGGCAUCAGAGGCUACCCUACGCUUAAGUUGUUUAAGCCAGACCAGGAAGCUAUUAAGUACCAGGGGCCUAGAGAUCUGAAGUCUCUGGAGACCUGGAUGCUGCAAACACUCCAGGAUGAGCCUUCAGAACCAGAAAGUGAACCAGAGCCUCCCAAAGCCCCAGAGCCUAAACAGGGAAUGUAUGAGCUCACUGCUCUCAACUUUAAGACCCAUGUAACCAAAGGUGCUCAUUUUGUUAAGUUUUUUGCCCCUUGGUGUGGCCACUGCAAAGCUAUGGCCCCCACCUGGGAUCAGCUGGCCAGCACCUUUGAGCACUCUGAUGAUGUCAAGAUUGGCAAGGUGGACUGUACACAGCACUAUGAGGUGUGCUCUGACAACGGAGUACGGGGAUAUCCCACACUGCUCUUCUUCAACAAUGGCCAGAAGAAGGAGCAGUACAAAGGAAAGAGGGACUUGGAUUCUUUUAAGGACUUUGUGGACAAUCAGCUGAAGGCUGUUGUCGCUGAGGAGCAAGAGCCAGAACCCAGUGAAGAACAAAAAGCAAAUGAGAUUCCCACUGAUGAGCCAGCCAAAGAGGAGUCCGGUGUGUUGGACCUGACGGAAGACACUUUUGCAGAGACUGUGUCCAAGGGCUUAACCUUCAUCAAAUUCUUUGCUCCAUGGUGUGGCCACUGUAAGAACCUUUCUCCAACAUGGGAGGAUCUCUCCAAGAAGGAGUUUCCUGGCCUCACUGAUGUCAAGAUAGCCAGAGUGGACUGCACUGUUGAACGCUCACUGUGCAACAAGUAUUCUGUUAGAGGUUACCCCACAUUGCUCAUGUUCAGAGCGGGGGAACAGGGUGACGAGCAUCAUGGUGGACGCGACCUGGAGAGCCUACAUAGCUUUGUGAUGAGGCAGGCGAGAGACGAGCUGUAGAAGUAAGCGCCCACACUGCAUAUCUGACCAGCAGGACACCACUCACGCUCUCAUUCAGUAGCUCCCCUUUAUCUCUCUCUGCACUCGGGUUCUCUUCAUCAAAGGAAUUAGCCUAUGGCGGACUGAAGGACUCUUGCUUUUUUCCCCAAUGUUCAAGGACAGAAUGAUUCAGUCGUGUCUUUGGAAUGUGAAUGUAUUCAUCGUUGCUGUUAACAAAGUUCUCCUAAUCUGUAUUUCUUGGGUCGGGAAAUGAGCUAAUACUGUGUAUCUGGGAAAUCCACUUUGCAAGGUUAUGUUUAUCAAAAGGGUAACUCUGAAGGACAAAGGUUCCGGGUUAAAAAAAAAAGAUUGUUUCUGACUUAUCUAUCUUCUGUAGCCAUUUGACUUUUUUGAAAUACAAAAUUUUAUACAUGGGGUCUGUUGUUCAAUCAUUAAUGUUACGGUACUGUCAGUUAAGAGGUUGUAAAAGCUUGCAUCACCCAAAUAAGAUUUUUGAGUUAAGUUGAGGGUACCUCAUAUCCAUGAGUCAAGUGAUGGCUCGUCUGACUUAACUCUCAGGGAAACUCAGCAGGUUAGAGGGAGCUGUGAUGGGAUGUCAUGGGAGUCUGACACGGUGCAAGGUCAUGACUUGGUUUUUCUCUUUACGAUUUAAGGCAAUCAAUAAAGUUAAGGAUAAUUUAAAGGAAAUUGGUAAAUAUCUUAGUCAUGCACUGUGCCUGCUCCGACUCCUGUGACCUCAGCCACUCCAUAUCUGCUCUUUCUAGCUGUCAGCGUCUCAGGUUUGGACCGUGUUGCUCCAUAUCUCUGUUACUGACCAUCUUUAGUUAAUAGUUAUGUCCACUCAAACACCCAUGUGCCCCUCCACAAAGCUGUCCAUUCAUGACCUCAAAUGCAUUACAAAUAUUAGAAUGUCUUUUUAGUGCAGGUUCACAUCUGGGAUUUGGGAAGCAAUAGCAGACGGAGCUGGAGGGGAUAGAUCAGUCUCUUAGUCCCAGUAUUGAAAGAACAUUCACUCCGUUUGUGAUGCCACUGUUUUCUCUGUCUUUGUGAAGCUUUUACAAGCACACUCCUUUGGAUGGACACUUUUGUAACACUCAAGACACAACUGAAAGAACAUUGACUCAAGCUCUGGUUCAGUUUGGCGAGUUACAAUCACACCACCUCUUCAUACUGUAUGUUUUUAUUUCUUUGUGAAACUGGAUUAUCUUUCUGGGUGACAUGAGUGGCUUUGAGACUGCAGCUUUUUUCAGAUGAUUUUACUAAAAAGUAAAAUUUACACCCUUUAGUUAAGGUCUCGAAAUAACAAGCACUCAAUUGGUGAUUGAUAUUAUUUGACCUUAUUUGCUGUUCUAAAGACCAACAGUUGUAACAACCCUGGUUUUAAAGGUCUCUUCAGCACCUUUUCUGUCAUUAAUCCCGACGUAGCAAACUUCAUUCACAUGCCCAGUACAAUGAAAAUGCUCUUUGACCCAAGUUCAAUGAGAAGUUCAUAAACAGUCAGAGACGGCAGGGGUUUUUUUUGUCAGUAAAAGUUUUUAUGGAUAGCACAUGGUCCAAAAAAUACCCCUCAGAUAAGAAGUUUUUUUCUUGUGAGUCACGGGUUGUUCACUACCCAUGGUUUUUGUACAAAAAGAGUAAAUAAUGGCAAGUUGUAACAUGAGAUUUCAUAGUAAAAAAAAAUUCAAAAAUAA